AUGCUUCGGUCAUGGCUCAGCAGCGGCUCUGUCCGCGCUCUCUGCAGGGCCCCUCGUUCCUUACGCCCAUUUUUGAUUCCUCGCAAGAAUUUUUCCUCCGUUUCCAACCUCCAAACAGACCGCGUCCCGCUCCGCAAACAACUCAAGCAGGAAGCUAAGAGCCUCAAGGCCCAGAAGAAACAGCGCAAGCAAAACGAGGCAGCCUCAAGGCAAGAAUGGGAGCUCACCGUUGGCGUGGAGAUUCAUGCCCAAUUGGACACAGCUGCAAAGCUAUUCUCCAGAGCGGCCACAUCUACGAGUGCUACCCCGAACUCUAAUGUCGCAUUAUUUGAUCUGGCAUUCCCAGGUAGUCAACCAAAAUUCCAAGCUGCCACUCUCCUUCCUGCCCUCCGCGCUGCAAUCGCCUUGAACUGCCAAAUCCAACCGGUCAGCCGGUUUGACCGGAAACAUUACUUCUACCAAGACCAGCCCUCCGGCUACCAGAUAACACAAUACUAUGAACCAUUCGCGCGCAAUGGUUAUAUCGAUCUAUUCGACUAUGACGGGAUCGCACCGGAGGAUGGAGACCGGGUUCGCAUAGAUAUCCAACAGGUCCAGCUAGAACAGGAUACCGCCAAAUCGCAGGAAUAUCCGGGGCCAACUUCAACGCAACUUCUCGAUUUUAACCGCGUGUCGCAUCCUCUCAUCGAGAUUAUCACCUUGCCCCAGAUCCACUCUCCCGCCACAGCCGCGGCCUGCGUCCGAAAAUUACAGUCCAUUUUACAAGCAUGCGGCGCUGUGACAACCGGCAUGGAAUUGGGUGGCUUACGUGCCGAUAUCAAUGUCUCGAUCCGGCGACGGAGCGAGGCACUCGGUGGGCUAGGCCAGCGCACAGAGAUCAAGAAUCUUAGCAGUUUCAAGGCAGUGGAGGAUGCUAUUAUCGCGGAGAAGAACCGCCAGAUCGCGGUACUGGAGAGUGGCGGCAAAGUACUGGGGGAGACACGUGGAUGGACGAUUGGUAGCACCGAGACCCAUCUUCUUCGAGACAAAGAAGGCGCCGUCGAUUAUCGCUACAUGCCAGAUCCGGAUAUUCCCCCGCUGGUUAUUGGUGAAGACCUAAUUACUUGCCUACAAGAAAGUCUUCCCUCGGCUCCCGACACAGUACUUUUGCAGCUUAUCGGGCCGGAAUACGGUCUCCCGAUCGAAGAUGCCAAACCACUAAUCGAGCUAGAUGAUGGCGCUCGGCUCGAGUAUUAUCAAGAUGUGGUAGACAUUCUCCAAAAGGAGGGUCUAGACAAACACACGCGGGCGGUUCUCGCGCGAAUGGCGGGCAAUUGGGUCCUUCACGAGCUGGGUGGUCUUUUAACCAAAGCAGACCAAACCUGGCACGAGGACAUCGUGCCGGCACAGUCACUAGCGGACCUAAUCGACCAUCUUCAACGAGGCCUUGUUACUGGGCCAACGGCUAAGCAAGUCCUUGCCUCUAUCUUUGACGGAGAUCGUCGGCCAGUGCCACAGCUGUUGGAAGAAGACAACCUUCUUCUCCGGCCUUUGUCGCGUGAGGAAUAUAUUUCAUUAGCCGAGUCCGCCAUUGCCCUCAACCCGAAGAUGGUUGAGCAAAUCCGUGGCAAACAGCUAGGGAAGUUGGGCUGGUUUGUGGGACAGAUGAUGCGGAUGGGCGAAAAGGGUCGAGUGGAAGCGCCCAAGGCCGAAAUGAUUCUCCGCGAGCUGAUUCUCGGAGAAAAGGCUUAG